UUCCCUUCUCCGAUCGUAGAAAUACAUAUUUUAAAGGCUGUAAAAUGUAGAGACGAGUAAAACGUGCCACUGUCUCCGGAACGCACGCAUAGCAUGUCUAGAAAGCUAUGUGGACAGUGUGACAAGCUCCCCAUUUAGUACUGUGCACUGCACCCAGGGGUCUGUGGGACCAGCGAAGUGGAUUGUAGCAUCGCGUGCUCACCCUGGGCUUUAAAAGGACGCUUCCUGAAGGAGGCGACUUGGGAGCUAAUAUCUGACAAGAUCACAGCUGCAGGAAAAUGGAUAGUGAGGUACAGAGAGAUGGAAGGAUCUUGGAUUUGAUUGAUGAUGCUUGGCGAGAAGACAAGUUGCCUUAUGAGGAUGUUGCAAUACCACUGAAUGAACUUCCUGAACCUGAACAAGACAACGGUGGCACCACAGAAUCUGUGAAAGAACAGGAAAUGAAGUGGACAGACUUGGCCUUACAGUACCUCCACGAGAAUGUCCCUCCCAUCGGAAACUGACUCUUGGCUUCUUUCUCAUGGAUGGAUCUUUCAAAAGUAUAUUGAUGCAAAAUGUUUUCUUUCAGUCUCCUAAUUCAAAUCUCUCAGUAAUUAAAUCAUUCAAAAAUGUACACCCAACCUGGUUUAUAGCAACAAAAUGCAAAGUGAAAAUAUUCAGAAUGAGAAACUCAGAUUUCUCAGGAAUACAGAAUAUUUGGCUUUUUAUACCUAAAAUAUUUUUUUCACUUUCUUGUAUUUGAUUAAAUAUUUGCCUUUAACUCCGA